AUGAGGGUGCUAUGUGUGGCCGAGAAGCGUGAGUGGGCUUUGCAUUGGACAUCAAGCGGAGAUUCUCAGUCACCAGCAAGAUCGCGCCAGGUGCGCAUCAGUCAACAUGCCCCCAAACAAUCACAAUCACACCCCAUCCGCGCAUCGCGAGGGAAAGGGGUAGACAAACAUGCGCAUACAGUCGUGUCACAGUGUCAUUGACCAAGUCAUCCUUGCCGUCUCAACAGAUUCUAGCGCCAAAUCGCUCGCAGACAUACUCAGUGGAGGUCGUGCGCAGUCGGUGAGUCCUUUUACAGACAAAUGACGCAGUGUGCUAAGCUAGAUUAGGCCUGGCGAACAUGACCAUCGCACUAAAGCCUGGCGUAUCGCUUUCCCCAUUCUUUUUCGACGACAGCAACCAGCGCUGGAUCAGUACACUCGCAAUUUCACCUUUCCCUACACGCUCAAUGGCAGAGGCGUCUCGGUGGUCAUGACAUCCGUGCGAGGUCACCUCUAUUCCCACGACUUUCCUCCCUCCUACCGAUCAUGGCAGUCUUGCCAACCUUCUGCACUGUUCGAAGCUCCUCUCCGCACAUUCGUCACGCCUGGCUUGGAAAAGGUGGCUCAAAACCUCAAGAAUCUAGCCCGAGCGUCGGACGAAUUGAUCAUCUGGACGGACUGCGACAGGGAGGGCGAGAUGAUUGGCAAGGAGGUCGAGAUGGCUUGCAGAGAAGGCAACCACAGGAUCAUCACCAAGAGGGCGAGAUUCAGCGCCAUUGUGCCAGCGUUAGUUGUGCAGAACCGUUGCCCUUCGCAUCUCCUUGAGCAGCGCUUACCUCCGCCCCCAUUGUCCCUCGCAGUCAAAUUCACACGGCUAUGCGAUCCCCCGUUGCGCUCGACCACUUGGCAGCAUCUGCGGUGGAGGCGCGCAUCGAGCUAGACUUGCGGUUGGGUGCAGCUUUCACCCGCUUGCAGACUCUGCGCCUUCAAAAAGAAUUCGCAGAACUCAACAAGGCAGUCGUGAGCUGGGGUAAGUGCAGCGAGGCGAACAACGUAACGUUGUGUACUCGCUCCGUUCCUCACGCCCUCUUUGUCGCGUGCCUUGCGGUCUUUGGGGACAAUUUAGGCCCAUGUCAAUUCCCAACCCUCUCCUUCGUCGUGCAGAGAUACGUCGACGCCAUCACUUUUCUGCCGGAAGCCUUCUGGUACCUAUCACUCUACCACCGAAAGGACGGCAUUGAUGUCACCUUCAAGUGGGACCGCGGUCACAUCUUUGAAGAAGCUGAUGUGCGCAGGCGGCUAGUCGCGUGUCGGGGACAAAUGUGCCGCAUCGAAGAUGUGAAGCGCAAAGAAGUCAGCAAGUUGUGAGUCCACAAGCGGUGACAGUGGGCGCGAAGACGAACACUCACCGGACAGCAUGCUCUUCAUUUCAGCAAACCAUAUCCGCUCACGACGGUCGAGCUACAAAAGUCGGCCUCACGCUUGUUGCGGCUGUCCCCUAAAAGGAUUUUGGAUGUGAGUCUCCAGAGUCGCAUCGGAAAUGCACGCUGACCGACCCAAAUUGGGAGCGCUAGGUGGCGGAAAAGCUGUACCAAGGAGGAAUACUCUCGUACCCUCGCACCGAGACCGAUCAAUACGAUGCGUCUUUCGACUUUCUGGGUCUCAUACGCAAACAGUGUGGCGACGCCUCGUGGGGAAACUUUGCCCGCUCGCUUCUGGGCGUCGGCUCGAGCGCAGAGCCGACCGAUGCCAACGCAGAGGAAGGACCAAUCGUUGUACAAGCCGGAGGGACUUUCUCUCGACCGCGUAAUGGCAAGAAAAACGACCACGCUCAUCCGCCGAUCCACCCCACCAGGCACGCCAGCAAUCUCUCGGGAGACGAAAAGAGAGUCUACGAGUAUGUUACCAGGAGGUUCCUGGCAGGGUGUCACCUUGACGCCAAGGGACUGCAGACGAGUGUCGCUCUCGAGCUCGGCACCGAAGGUUUCAGCGCUUCUGGUAAGUGACAGGCCCCUUCGAACGUGGUGUCAACUUUUAAGUGCGGAAGUAUGCUUACGCGUGAGCGCAAUGCAGGCCUCCAAAUAUUGGCUCGAAAUUAUCUCGAUGUCUUCACCUACGACACUUGGUCGACGUCCAUUCUUCCUGCUUACACAAUAGGCCAAACCUUCCCGUCUGCUCUCCCGGACGCCGAUCUCAGCAUCAAGGAGGGGGCAACGACCGCGCCCAAAUUACUAACGCAAGCUGAUCUCGUCGCUUUGAUGGACCGCAACGGUAUCGGAACGGACGCGACAAUUGCUGAACACAUCGAAAAAGUCUGUGAAAGGGGCUACGUAUUCGAAACGACCUCGAGUGAGGAUGCAGAGGGCGGAUCAGAUGGCAGGUCUGGGCGUGGAAGAGGCAGAGGUAGAGGCAGAGCUAGAGCAAUCGCGCGAGGCUCUGCUCGUGCGAGAGGAAGAGGAGCCAGCAAUGCUGCAUCGCGGUCCGGCGAUCCGAACGGUGGCAGGGUCACCUAUCUAGUUCCUUCUACGCUAGGCAUGGGCUUGGUUCUUGGUUAUGACGCCAUUAGAUAUCCAGCGACGACCGGCUCAGCAUCUGGUGCAUCAACUUCCGACAUGCCCAAUCCGACUGGAACUGGAGGUCUUUGUGGGCCGCAAUUAAGGCGUGAGGUAAGUGCAGACGUGCUUUCUUUGGCGAGGAACACCGUGCGACUCCUCAGCGCGAGGGAUUCUAACUGCUUUUAAUCGCUACAACUCAGACCGAAGCAAGGCUCCUUCGCAUUACUACCGGCCAGUCGACGAAGAGUGAAAUCCUUCAGGAAAGCCUGGCCCAGUACCGGGAGAUGUUCAUCAUCUCCACGCGCGAGCUUGGCACCGUCGUUGCGAGUGUGCGAAAGUACCUGAGAGGUGUGGAACAAGGUGACGAAAACGCCACGACAGAGGAAAUUGCUGGCGGCGGACCCGACGAUCAGCCAGCUGGCCCCGCUCCGGAUCAGUCCAGGGCGCCAAACACCAACCAGAAUCUUAGUCCAGUACGAUCACGCUCUGUCACUGGUAAUCGCUCGGAGCCUGACGUGACCCAUGCUCCGGAGGACAGGCGCUCGUACCUUCCCUCUUCAUCGACCGGAUCUGCAGCUCGCCAUGCAAACUUGCCUGCUCCUGUCAGGACUGGUUUCAACCCGGAGACUGCCAUUGUCUUUGACGACGACGACUCGGACGAUGACAUCUUUCACGACGUCUCUGAACCCUCACGGGCGUCCGCGGACACUAGCUCUCGUGCGUCGCGGCACGGCAGGACCAGACUUGCCAUCCAGGCUAAUGGACACGUGCAAGCGGUCGCAGCUCCACGGUCGACCGAGCGAUUGUCGAAUGGUGUCAAAAGACUCGGAUCAUCCGCCGGCGAACCAUCCAUUGCUCCUCCGAGACGUAUUGCAUUUCAAGACGAGCUCGACGGUUUUCAGCCCGUCGAUGAUGAUGAAUUUGAGAUGCUAGACGAGCAAGCUAUGCUACAAGCUUUGGUCGAAAAUGACGACGCUCACCGGCAUCCCUCCCCAGUCCGUCCGUUCGACGAUCAAGCGGUCAAUCGACGCGACGGCCGUCUCGAAGGCCUCGAUCCCAGGAAUGGUCCCAAUGGGCCGGAGGCUUUACAAGCCAGCGUUGUUGAUCGUCGGCUUGACAAAACCACCACGGCUCUAGCGUCUAAAGUCGCUCCCGGCAAUGUUCAAAGGGGCGAUAGACGGCCAGAAGUGACAGCUCCUGACCUGUCCGAUCGGUCCUUCCCCUCAGCUAGUUCUUCACGCUCGAUGAACGCCUCGACAUCAACGUUCGCCUCGGCGGCGUCCAGUCGGACUUCGGCUGCUUCAUUUGAGACACCUCAUUGUCGAUGCUGUCGACCCUCUGUGACGCGCACAGUAAACAAGACGGGAGCAAACCAGGGGCGGCAGUUUUACGCAUGUUCAGCACCAAAGGAGGAAGGUGGCUGCGGAUUCUUCGCAUGGACAGAUGCCGACGGCGGCACCGGAGCGUUCGGGUCUAACGCUGCUAAUCUUUCUCCAGUGAGGCGGAGAUCUGCGGUGGCGCCGCCAGUCCCUUCCUGCGGGCGCGCUGACAUUUUGUUUGCUCUGCAGAACGCUCAGAUCAGACACUUGCGGCGUCUGGCUGAACCUCCAAAAGAGCAAACUCCGGCGGUCAGAUGCAGAUGUGAUUUGGACGCUAAAGUGUGCCAAGUCAACAAGGUGAGUUCAAGCUGCAUCUUUGGCAAAUCGCCGGAGGUCGACGCGCGCGUUCGGACUAUUCUUACUCAUCUUCACGCGUCCAGGAGGGUCCGAACAAGGGUCGACACUUUUACACCUGCUCGAAAGAGUCGACCAUCUCCCGAUGCGGUUUCUUCGAAUGGCUUCCCGAGGACGGCGCCAUAUCCGGUAGCCUCGGUAUCACCUCAGGAUCAUCUGGCGAGUGUUUCCUGUGCCAGCAGAAGGGCCACUGGGCCUCGGAAUGUCCGAUUGGCAACAACUCGCGCAGAUCAGCCUCGUCCAAGUCAAGAAACAGACAGGGCGGUUCUAGCGCGACACAAGCCUGUUUUAACUGUGGCCAAGAAGGCCACUGGGCAAGCGAAUGUCCGUCCGAGUCGGAAACCGCUCUGCGCAAUUCCGGAAGCAGGUUUGCUCGUGAUCCGCCACGCGAUAGUAGUGGGACGUGCUUCAGAUGCGACCAGCCGGGGCAUUGGGCUAAUACUUGUCCUCAGCAAGAAGCAGCCGCAUGGGAUGUGCAGCCCGUGGCAGGAGAUCGCAAUGCUCCGUUGCCAAGGAAGAAGAGGAAAUCAUGA